AUGUAUUCUAUGAAAUUUUCAAGUAAACCAAACUUAUAAACCUCGAAAUCAUCUAAAUUUUCCCUGAUUACAACUUAAUAAAGAUCUCCAGAUUCAAUUAAAUUGAUGAAAUGUAUCUCAAAAAUUAAGUCUACUUUUAGUAAAAUAGACAUGCCUCAUUGCUAAGUAAAGUCCAAAGUUUAAAACUGAAAGAACUAAAACAUUUAACUUUGGUGAGAGUGAAUUGAAGCCUUUAAAUAAAAUGGAGAAUAUGAAAGAGAAGAUUGGAAAAUCUAUCAUUUUAUUAUAAAAAACGAAAGGAUAAAAAGAUAUAUCAUUUUAAGUAAAAGUUGAAGAAAUGAUUGAUUAAAUGAUGAAAUUAUGUAGAGUUGAUAUUAGAAUAAUGAAAUUAUUAUAAUAGAUAAAAGAUGAGAAAGAACAAAAAUAACAUUCUUAAUUAAAAGCAAUGCUAUUUAUAAUUAGAUAAUAAAAUUAAAUAGAUUAAUUAGUAAAUAUAUUAAAAUAAUAUUUUUUAGAAAAAAAGAUGUUCAGAAUAUAAUUGA